AUGUGCUCAGGAGUCCCCAUCACCCUCACAUGGGGUUCUCAUCGCACUCAAGGGUCCUCAUCACCUCGGGGUCCUCAUCGCCUCGGGGUCCUCAUCGCACUCGGGGUCCUCACCGCACUCAGGGGUCCUCGCCUCAGGGGUCCCUCAUCGCACUCGGGGUCCUCCAUCCUCAGGGUCCUCAUCGCACUCAGGGUCCUCAUCGCACUCGGGGUCCUCAUCGCACUCAGGGGUCCUCAUCGCACUCAGGGGGUCCUAUCGCACUCAGGGGUCCUCAUGCUGAGGGGUCCCCCAUCGCACUCGGGGUCCUCAUCGCCUCAGGGGUCCCCACCGCACUCGGGGGUCCUCAUCGCACUCAGGGUCCCAUCGCACCUCGGGGGUCCCUCAUCGCACUCAGGGGUCCCUCAUCGCACUAGGGGGUCUCAUCGCCUCGGGGUCCUCAUCGCACUCGGGGGUCCCCAUCGCACUCGGGGUCCCUAUCGCACUCGGGGUCCUAUCGCACUCGGGGGUCCCUCCAUCCGCAGUCUCCAUCCGCCUCGGGGGUCCUCAUCGCUCGGGGUCCUCAUCGCACUCAGGGGUCCUCAUCGCCUCGGGGUCCUCCAUCGCACUCAGGGGUCCCCACUCCGCCUCAGGGGUCCUCAUCGCACUCAGGGGUCCUCAUCGCCUCGGGGGUCCUCAUCGCACUCAGGGUCCUCAUCACUCAGGGGUCCUCAUCGCACUCGGGGAUCUAUCGCCUCGGGGGUCCUCAUCACCUCGGGGUCCCUCAUCGCCUCGGGGUCCUCAUCGCACCAGGGCCCUCAUCGCAUCGGGGGUCCUCAUCACUCAGGUCCUCAUCGCACUCGGGGGUCCCCAUCACCUCGGGGUCCCCAUCGCACUCGGGGUCCUCAUACUCAGGGGUCCUCAUCGCCUCAGGGGUCCUCAUCGCACUCGGGGUCCUCACAUCGCACCCGGGGUCCUCAUCGCACUCGGGGGUCCUCAUCGCCUCGGGGUCCUCAUCGCACUCAGGGGUCCUCAUCGCCUCGGGGUCCUCAUCGCCUCAGGGGUCCCUCCUUGCGCCUCAGGGGGCCUCCAUCGCACUCGGGGGUCCCUCAUCGCCUCGGGGUCCUCAUCGCACUCGGGGUCCCCAUCGCACUCAGGGGGUCCUCCCAUCGCACUCGGGGGUCCCCAUCGCACUCGGGGUCCUCAUCACUCCGGGGUCCUCAUCGCAGGGGGUCCUCAUCGCACUCGGGGGUCCUCAUCCACUCGGGGGUCCUCAAGCUCACUCGGGGUCCUCAUCACUCAGGGUCUCAUCGCACUCAGGGGUCUCAUGCUCAGGGGUCCUCGAUCACACAGGGGUCCUCCGCCACCCCGGGGUCCCCAUCGCCUCGGGGGUCCUCAUCACCUCGGGGUCCCCAUCGACUCCGGGGUCCCACUCACUCGGGGUCCCUCGCCUCGGGGGUCCCCAUCACUCAGGGGUCCCUCAGCCACUCGGGGGUCCCUCAUCGCACUCGGGGGUCCCCAUCGCACUCGGGGGUCCUCAUCGCACUCAGGGGUCCCCAUCGCACUCAGGGGUCCCUCAUCGCCUCGGGGUCCCCUCCCUCAGGGGUCCCUCGCCUCACCUCAUCGCACUCAGGGGUCCCCAUCGCCUCAGGUCUCUGCACUCAGGGUCCCCAUCGCACCCAGGGUCCCUCGCACUGGGUCCCCAUCGCACUCAGGGUCCUCAUCGCACUCAGGGUCCUCCAUCGCCUCCAGG